CGAAAUGGCGUCUGCUUGACAUGUGCCCGUUAUUGUUUUGAAGUGUGUUAAUUUUAGUGGUUUUGAUCAUGCGGUGAUCGAAAACGAAGGAUCAGUAAUGGAGCUUGCUCUUGAAGAUGACAUAGAUCCAUUAGCUAUUGAAGUAACUAAAGAAUUCAAUGAUCAGCUGGAGGCCAAAAAUGAGGCAACCUGGGAGCACGAAGAUUUAGCAACGGUUCGAAUCAAGGUGCUACGUGGUCACAGUGAAGGGGUGAACAGUUGUAAAUUUUUCAAUAAUGAUGAAUGCAUUGUAACCAGCUCCCUGGACAAGACAGCCAAAAUCUGGAAUGUGGAUAGUGGCAGAGUGCUACAUACAUACAGUGCACAUAAUGCCAAUGUCACUCAGGCCUGUAUGAGCUCUGAAAACAACAGACUUGUUACUGCUGGCUGGGACAAGAAAGUGCAUGUGUGGGAUGUAGAAUCAGGCAAGAUACUGUGGACAGGAAAACAUGAUGGUGUGCUGACCUGCUGUGACAUCUCUCAUGAUGGGAAGCUCAUUGUCACUGGCUCUGAUAUAGACAACUGUCUGAAGGUGUGGGACACAAGCUCAGGGGAGACAAUCCACAAAUUAGACGAUAUCCACAGCAGAACUAUCACAAGCUGUAUUUUCUCCCCCAAUGACACCAGGAUUAUAACCACCUCCAUGGACAAGUCCACAAAUUUCUGGGAUCUUAAAACAAAAACCAGCACCUUACGACUGCAUGGCCACAUUAACAUCAUAGCCAGCUGUGCCAUGUCACCAGAUGAGAGAAAAUUUGCCACUGCCUCUUGGGACAAAACUGUUAAAAUCUGGGAUGUUACAACAGGUACAUACAGAUCUCAAGGCCCAGAUAUCCUGGCCAAAGGUCAUGAGGGGUCAAUUAGCUGCUGUGAGUUCAGUCAAGAUGGAUUACAGUUGAUCACAGGCUCCUAUGAUACCACCAUUGUGGUGUGGGAUGUAGACAAUAAUGUGCAGAAACUCAAAUUACAGGGUCAUGGAGACUGGGUGGAAGAUGUCGAUAUCAGUCAAGAUCAGAAAUGGUUGCUGUCUUGUUCAAAGGAUAAGACUGUUCGGCUGUGGAACAUCGCAGAGAGCGAUAAAAUCCCUGUUGUGUUAGAAAACCGUAGAUCCAUCGGUCUCAAAAUGGUCAAGUGUAACCAGUGUGGUAAGCCGUUCUCUAUGGGGCAGAUGGAGAGUUUGAGGGAUGUGACGCUGUGUGUGUUCUGUCGACUACAACAGUCCGAGGGUAGGGAGCACGCUGCUAUUGCAGACUGAAGUAUCCACAAAGCCUCAGCCUGUGUAGGGGAUUGUCAGUUCUGCAGAUUGCCAAUGAUGCCAACCAACUUACCACAGGUCAUCCAUCAACUCUAUUGUGAUUGUAGGCGUUUGGAAAAAAAAAAAAAAUUGUGGUUUCUAGUAGCACAUUUUUGCCCACUUUGCAGUUGGGCACAUGUAUUUAUUAUUUAUACAUCAGUGAAAUUCCAGUAUUUCCUUCACUGAUAAAAAUGAUAUCUUCACUAGUUAGAUAUCACUUUUGUUAUUACAUUUUGCUAUUACACUGCUGGAGACCUUGACCCAUGACCCACAGUUGACCUUGCCGGAACUACUUUUGAACAUGCUGUCUGCUACAUUCAUGUCUGAAUUUCAUGUCUGCCAUGAAAUUUUCAUGGACCACAUCACAUGGCUAUGCACUUCCGCACAAUAUAUAGUUCACCAAAAAGAGAUGUAGAAAUUCUUCAUGUGCUUAAUAUAUGUAAAUACCUUUAUUGCAUUAACAUUAAGCACCAUUGUAGAAUGUAUAAUUACUUACAGACAGCCCUUAAAUCUGUAAAAAGGUUUUAUGAGAGCGGAUGUGAACAAAAUUGCAGCGCGUAUGAAAAGAAUCAGAAAUACCAUGAAGAUGGCACAUUGCUUCUUUUUGUCACAGAUGCAACAGAUAAACUGAUAUGCAUGUAUAUACAUGCAGAGAAAAUGUCAGGAUAUAAAUAAUAAAUAGAAUAUUGCACAGUUAAGUUAAAUACCGUAAAUAUUGUUCUCGUGAAAGGUAGAAAAAACCCACAAGACGCGAAGCUUCGAGCAAUCCCUACCUCUCACUCGAACAAUACUUUUGAUAUUCAACCUUCACUGUGCAAUGUCCUCUAUCUGCUUAACAUGCAACAACUCAUUUUCGUUUUGUUCUUUGCUCUCAGAUUUGGGAUAAACAAUGCUUGUAUGUUGGUUGAUCUUGCCACAUCAAGAUCGUUAUGGAAUAUGGUGAGCUCCUCCUCAUUUGCUGUUUCAGUGGGGUUCUCUACAAAGGAGUGAGUGUGUGAGUGCUUGGGGUUUAAUGUCGUAAUCAACAAUUUUUCAGUCAUAUGACGACGAAGGAAUCCUUAGGGUGUAUGUGAUGUGCCUCCUUCUUGCAGGAUGGAUUUCCACCGCUCUUUUAUCUGGUGUUGCUUCACUGAGACGACUUACCGAAGGCAAGUACCGCCCGAGCCAUUAUACUGAUACGGGUCAACCAGUCCUUUCACUAUCCGCUUCAUGCUGAACCCCAAGCGAGGAAGUUGCAACUUGCUCUUUUAAAGUCUUAGGUGUGAUUUGACCCAGGACUGAUCCUGGAUCUACUGCUCCCGAAGCAGACGCUCUACCAACUGUGCUAUCCUGGCCGGUCUCUUUACAAAGGAAAGCAAACCUUAAAACUCAUUUAACAGCAAUGCCAUAUAUUUACUCAAAUAACAAUAACAGUGAUAAUUAUAGCUGGCAAUGUUAUUCAAAAAGGCACUGCUGUUUUAGGAGUUAUAAGAUUUGUUUUCCUUUGAAGAGAACCCCAUUAAAUAAACCAUGUACCACAAAAUGGUAACACUGCACUUUGUCCACAGUGUACCCUGAAACUGGUUGUAUCACCAGCCAACGAAGCACAGGAAGCAUGAAAAGAAAAAAUGAUAUCUUAUUUACUGCCUCAGUAGUAACUGUAUUUCAUAUUUUUACAUGUACAGUGUAUGUAUACAAAUAUCAUGUGGUACAAAUGUGUAACUACAAUAUUAUGUGUCAGUUUAAUGUUCCCUGGAAACCCCCAUUCUAGUUUGUUCACAUCCAGCUGAUCAUAAUUUCUUAUUGCAUUUUGACAAUAUACUGUCAAACCCCACAGUUACCUUCAACUGUCACAUUUUAUUGUGAAAAUGAACUGGCAAAUAAUACAUGCAUAUUUUUGGGAGUUUGGUUUUGUGUCAAUUCUUGAAGUUUUGGUAUAUACAUGAACAACAUUCAGUGACAAUUCUACAAAUUAGUUUUCCUCCGACUCACAAGUUUGGUUAUCCCAACAAUGUUGAUAACUGUAAGCUAGUUUACUAUCUACUAUUUGCCUGUUAAACAUUGAUACUUCAUGAUAUUUGGCAUAAGCUUUAAUUAAGACACUCCACAUUCAGUUGUGUCUUGUUGUUGAAAGCUAAUGUUCAUCUGACAUGCUUACACAACUCAACACACUGACAGCAUAUAUAAAUUCCACAGUUGCUACUUGCCACAAUCACAAAUUUGUCAGUUAUGAUGGCGUAAACCUGAGUGCCUUGCAGUAAACCACCACCCACUGGCAAGUUACUGACCAACUUUUUCACAUGUGAUGAACAGACUUUCACGCAAUACUGGUGAAGACAAGUGGUCUUCAAUGAAUGCAAUAGUGUGGAAAUCACCCCAAAUGCAUAUUGUGGGUUUAUCUUAUAUUCCUUGUGCAUGGCCAUGGUUGAACUCGAGCUUUAAAAUUCCUGGUGUUCAGGAGUCGUGUACCUUAUUCCCUCAGCCUUGCUUCGCUUCCCCACACAGUGUGUACAUGUCUACAACCUGUAUGUACACGGGGCCAUGUAGUACACGCUGAUCUCCUACAGCUUGGUCAGAUUCCGCCCCUACGAAAAAUGUCCUGUUCUUUUUUUUUUCUUAAAUGCCAAACAGUCCGGCAAAUACAAGAGACAUAAUCAGCUAUCUUUGAUGGAAUACUAAGGGGAGCUCUGGACUUCCUCUCUGACACUAGUUGUCUUGCAUUGUACCUUGUGCAACCACAGUCAACCUUAACA